AUGUCGAGCACAACUAGUAAACUGAGUCAACUUGAACUGACAGCGGCACAAGCUCGUGCUGAUGCAGCGAUGGAAGCUGCACGGACAGCUUUUGCAAAGAAAAAGGCAGAAGCAAAAAUAGAGGCGUUAAAAGCGCAAUUGGAAUUGGAACGCCUACAGCGAGAGGAAUCCCUGGCAGCAGCCGAGGCUAGGGCAUCAGUGCUUGACGACGAGAUUAAAAGUCAUAGUGGAACUGAGUUACGUAGCCUGCCAGCAGAAGGGCCUGCGAAGAGAGUGUCUGAGUACGUAAUGGCAUUGCCUAACAGCAAUAAUAUAAUACCAACACCAAUGCCAGCAUUGGAUGUCACACCAGAAUGUUCAGUAGCUGAUUGCGGAGGAAUUAAUCCCUCACCAAUGGAGUAUGUCAAAAAGCAGAUUAAUCCAUCAUCCAAUGAAACUUGCAUAGAAUUAAGUGAGAUCGUGAAAAAUAUGAAGAAGCCAAAACAUGAAGUUAAACGAUUUUCUGGAAACCCCAUCGAUUUUCCUAAAUUUAUCAGGCAAUUCAAAAGUAGAAUAGUAUCAAACACUGAUACUAGUGAAGAGAGGAUGACAUAUUUGGAGGAACUAACUACGGGGGAGGCCAACAAGGUUGUUUGUGGUUUCAGUCAUCUUCCCAGUGAAAAAGCCUAUCAAGCGGCUAUGGAUCAACUUUCAGACAGAUAUGGUGACAACGAAGUCAUCGCAAGCACUUACAUAAAGAAAGCAUUAGAAUGGCCUACUAUUAGGCCAGGAGAACCAAAGGCUCUAGAUGAAUAUGCCUUAUUCCUAGUAGAAUGCAUGAAUGCGGCAGAGCAUGUAAUUGCAAGCAAAAUUUUGGAGUAUCCCGAACACUUGAAGAGGUUAAUGUUCAAACUACCAGUCUACCUACAUGACAGAUGGCGGAAUAUAGCAUUGAACCUAAAGGAAAACAAGAAGCCUGUCCUAUUCAGGGACUUUGUAAAAUUUGUGCAAAAGGAAGCUAAGAAGGUCAAUGACCCAAUUUUUGGAGCUGUAGGAAGGACAGCCACAGGAAUGGAAACUCCGAGAAUGGAAGUGAAGCUUAAACGUACGACGGUCACCGUAAGGCAAACUACUGUAGAAAGCGGUGUCAAUGGAGAAGUUGUCUUCAUGUGCCCCAUCCAUCAAGGAUCGCAUCCGUUUAUAAAAUGCAGAACAUUCUUAUCAAAGUCCGAUGCUGAAAGAAAGCAGUUUAUAAAGAAGCACAAGGUGUGUUUCAGAUGUCUGGCAUCUACGACUCAUUUCGCAAGGGAGUGUAAAGCCGAGAUCAAGUGUGAAGUUUGCAGUAGCCCCCGACACCUAGGAGUGAUGCAUAUCCAUAACCGUGAACAACAGACAACUCAAAUCCAGCACAAGCAAAUACCACUGCUACUACAAAACCUGUGA